GCCUGACCCGAGUCUGGAGCCUCGCGGUUGAAAGACACAAAUGUGCACCACUUUCCAGAACCUACGUCUUAUUUAAUCUUUUUGAAAUUCAGGGACAUAUAACUUAGAUCGGAGUUUAUUUCUUUUUACGUGGAUGCCGGAGGCAGAAGGCACAUGGACCUGCUCACAGUGCGGCACUGGCGCGGUCGGCAAAGCCACGGGGGCGGGGCUCGGGGCGGGGCUCGGGGCGCUGCGGGGGAGGAAGGAGAGGGCCCCGCCUGCGUCUGGGGAGCGGCGCGUGGGCCAUGUGCCUAGUGUGGGAGCUUAGACCUCCGCGCCUCACACCCACUCGCAAGCAGCAUGGAAUUGGCUCAUACAAUUAUGCUGGUAGAGGCUGAGAAGUCCCAAGACCUGCAGUCAGCAAGCUGAGACUCAGUGGAGCUGAGGGUGUGGUUCCAGUCCUAGUUUGAGUUUGAAGGCAGGAGAAGACUGAUGUCCCUGCUCCAGGACAGCUCUCGAACAUCUUCAAAUAAAGAAGUGGUUAUAAAGAGUGAUCAACAAAAUAAUGGAGAUAUGAAACCAAUCCAGAAUUUCACAACAAUACCAGUCACACAGGCCCUGAACUACAAUCUGAGCAGACAAGGGCAUUUAGUAAAAGAACCUUGGAAUGCAUUCAGCCAUGACAGCCCAGUUAAUGUCUCCAUGGAUGGAAUCCCUUGCAUUCUCUUUUGGGUCAAAAGAAUAACAAUUAAGUUUAAGAACCAGAUCUGGCUGGACCUUACAGAGGAAGCUUUUGGCCAGAAAGCAGCAGUGGAUGCCACCAACUCAAAUUGCAGUGAAGAAAGUGCCAAGUUGUCUCUGAAAUUUGACGAUGCUGAAAAUCCCAAAGGUCUUGAGAUAAGAUUCACUCUUACCAAUUACAACAAGUUUUCUCUGCAGAGCUGGUUUAGUUUGCACCGAGUUGACAUUAUUUUUAAUAAUUCAAUCCAAGCAACUUUUAAUGCAACUGGCAUAUAUGCUCCGUCAAGUUAUUCCUACCACUGCCAGCACGUCAGCAGCCAGCAGCAGUAUGAUGCCUUCUUGCUGCCCAGCGACAUGGAUUAUAUGUCAAGCCUGUGGGAGGUCACUUUCAUUGAUUUCCAGAUCCAAGGCUUUACCAUGAAUGGGGCACAGUUUGCCAAGGCCCGAGACUGUGCCUCUCCCUUCUCACCAGCUAUUCUGAUUGGCCUGGCCAUGUCCUUGAUCCUGCUGCUGGUUCUGGCCUACGCCCUACACAUGCUCAUCUACCUGCGGCAUCUGGACAGGCACUAUGAUUUCAUCACCUCUCCGGCCCACUUCCCCCAGCUGAAAGCUCCAGAUGCAGCAGAAGAGAAGGAGCUGCUGAGGAGCCAGGGAGUUGAAAGCUAUGAACUGAGAACCCAACAGAUCUGCAAAAUGUACGUGUAGUAGCCAGGCAUCCUCUCCUACGAAGUCCACAGGGGGCUUAGAAAGGAGUUGUUUCUAUUCUGUGUUGUUGGACUUCUGAUGCACAGUUUUCACCAAAUGGCUUGAUUUUUUAAAAAGUAAAUACAUGUAAAAAAUACAUAAGUAUCCACUCACCUACUGAAGUAAACUUGGGGCAAUGAAAAAGAAUUGUCAGGAAUCCUACAAAGAUAAAUAUGAUGGUUCAUUGCCCCAAAGCUACCUUGAAAGCAAGUGGAUGUUUGAAGUUAGGGAGAUGAAAAAAACACAAAAACACACACCAAUGCAAUAUAAAGAAGGGAAAACACUUGUUCCUUCUUGCCUGUGCCAGUUUGGAUGUGAUAAGUGUAGAAAUAAUAAAUCCAAGGUUAUCUGGAAGAUCUGAAUUUAAAAUACUUUGUAACAUAGUUUGCAUUUUUCAUAAAUUAUGUCACAAUUUUUUUAAAAAAACUAGUCUUUUUUUCUCAUUCAUAGACCUGUUUAGUGGGACUCCUAUCAGUAUAGUAGAUCACUUUAUUCAAGGGUUUUCUUUCUUUCUUUUUUUUUUUUAAGAAACUAAACUUUGAAAAAUAUAUGUAUUUUUAUUGAUUUCAGAGAGGAAGGGAGUGGGAUAGAGAAACAUCAAUGAUGAGAGAAUUAUUGAUCAGCUGCCUCCUGCAUGCCCCCUACUGGGGAUCAAGCCUGCACACAACUUGGGCAUGUGCCCUGACCAGAAAUCAAUCCAUGACCUCCUGGUUCAUAGGUUGAUUCUCAGCCACUGAGUCACACCAGCCGGGUUCAAAGGUUUUCUUGUCACUUAUUUUGCUAUUCAGAGGAAGCCCAGUUCAAUCUGUGAAGUAAGGGUAGUAAUCCUGGGAGCAUUUUUACCUUUUCUAUCUGGUUGUGAUGUGAAGGUUCACCCUACUUGUCUGAUUUAGACCUCCAUUAGCUCCCCUGGGUGCCACUUGAAACAAACAACUGAGCUAAGUAAGAACAGUGUAUUUGCUUGGCAAACACAGCUUCAAGGCAAAUCCCCUGAACCCACUUCCAAUGAGAUAGUAUCCCCUAAACUCUUCUUGAAUAGGAAAUCUGUAGCCACCACUAAUCUUCUGUCUCCCAUUUUCUUCCAUAUGGAUUUCCCCAUAAUCUUUUUCAGUUCUUAGCAGAUACUGGAGAUUGGCUCACUCUGCAUCUUCACCAAAACCUCUCUAAUAGGCCUUCUGUGUUAAAGAGAUCUUAACUAUAAAAGGUACACUGCAUUUGCCUAACAAGGUUUCUAUACAUGACCUUGCUUCAACUGAUACCCUCGCACAAAACGUAGAAUGCAGAU